AUGGAUAGCGACAAGUUUUCGGCGUUAUUGGAAGGAGUGAAGAAUAAGACGACCACCGUCGUAGAUGUUUGUAAGAAUUACAAUGAAAACAAUCCGCCACCGAAAAUAACCGAUGAGCAGUUUCAAAACGAGCUAUUCUUCACAGAGCAGUUUGCCGGCGAACUGGGUGCGAUUUUGCAAAUUUGGUUUAGCGAUGGUUCAUUAGAUGAUGAUCAAAAAGGGGCAUUCGCAGCUUGCGCACAAUUUCUUCUCAAAUUAACUCAAGCUCAAUCUAAUAGUCACAACUGGUUGAAAGAGCAAACAGCAUUGAUUGAUGUCACAGAAAAAUGUAUCAACGAAAUCGCUUCGUAUGGUUAUUACGUCGGUGUUGGCGGUUCUGAAGAUCCAAAUUUGGAAUCAUUCGAUUGGUUAAUCCAAGCGUUCGAGAAAGUUCGCUGUUUACAACUGUUGCCUAUGCUUGUCAAAAGUGUUUCCAGUCGUUUCUACACCGAAGCUAUGUACCAAUUGAGUGAAAAGAAUGCUCUCGAGCUAAGUAUUACCCAACAUUUUCUACUUGUAACCUGUCCAGAUUACGUCUUAACAUGCGGCUCAAAAAAACUUCAUUGUUUAGAAAUUGUUAAUCAAAUGUUAGCAUAUUACGAAGAAAUCUAUUCGGAAUUUCUUCCACAUAUUACAGAAUGGACUGUCCCGGUGAUGUUAUGUCUAAUGUAUCCAAUUAAAUUCAUUCUCUCGAACAUUCGUUCAUUAUCAUUUGAACAGCGAAAAGUGAUCUACGAUAUUAUUCUAACCAUACUUUUAAAUAAAUCAACAAUCGACUCCAAUAUCGAACCUGUGCGUAUUAGUUUGAUACACAUAUCACUCUGUUUGCUAACAGAAAUUAUUCGAUCAGAUCAACGCAUAGCGAAUAUGGUGAAGAAUACUUCGGAUAAGAAGCCUGAGUUGAUACAAGUGCUAAAUAAUUUAUCGAAAACGGAAAAAUCGACCCAAGUCCAGAGUGAAGCGAUUGCAUUGAAAUCUUUAUUGAUACCUGAGGAGGAGUUUCUUCAAGAGAACAAAGCGGGAGAAGUGACAAGCGUAUUAUUACAAAAUUUUAACAAUGCGACCAAAGAUGGAAACAACGAACAGGUCGACGAGAUUCUAAACGGACUUAAAGUUUUGGUACAAAACGAUGACGUGAAAAAAGAAAUUAUUAAACAAAACGGCCUACCACCGAUUAUCAAAUAUGCAAAGACAACAAACGAUAAUCCACUACCACUUCAGAUAACUUACGCGAUGACGUUCAAUAAUGAUGCAAAGAAAUUUAUGAUUGAAGACCAAGAAUUUGUUGAUCAUAUCAAACAAUUACGUGACUCGGAGAAGAAAGAUAUCUCAAAAGUAGCACAUGGAAUCGUCUGGAAAUUAGAAGGAGAAGAACAGUUCACAAAGAAAAGAGAAGAAAAAAAACAAGAGGAGGCCGCCGAGGGGAAGAAACCUGAUGCUGCAGAUGACGGCAAACGAGCUUUUAAAAACGAUAUCAUGAUAUCCUAUUGCUGGGCGCAAAAGUCUCUCUGUCAUAAAAUUCACGAUCGUCUAGAGACCGAUGGUUAUAAGGCUUGGUUAGAUCGAGACGAAAUGCAUGGAUCCAUUAUCGAACGGAUGGCCGAGGCAAUCGAGCAAUCGCAGUUCGUUCUCAUUUGUAUGUCAAGUAACUAUAAGAACAGUACGAACUGUAAGGCCGAAGCCGAAUAUGCAUUCAAUCGAAAGAGUAGUAUUGUUCCGUUGAUUGUCGAGCCAAAAUACAAAGCUGAUGGGUGGUUAGGAUUCUUAGCUGGUUCAAAGAUUUAUGUCGAUUUUGCCGAGAAGGAAGAUGAAGAGUUUGAAAAAGCGUACGAAUUGUUGAUUGAUGAAUUGAAGCGCAAUGGAUUGGGAAGCGCUGGUGAUGGAGAUCAACCGAAAAAUCCGACAACAACUCCUGUACCUGAACCUCCAAAACCUCCUGAGCAGCCUGAACCUCCUCCAAUUCAAACAAAAGAAUAUCUCACGCACGAUUCAGCGUUAUCUUGGGAUGAGACUCAUGUUUCGGAGUUCCUAGUAGAUAACAAGCUCGAUCAGUUGAAACACGUUUGCGAAGGAAUGAAUGGCGAGACUUUGCUGCAGUUUUAUCAAUCUUGUCUAACAGCGCCUGAUAAAAUGUACCCACUGGUGAAUAAUCCAAAAGAAGAACACCCGGUGUCUAUGAACACAUUUUUCAAAUUUAUAUCAACAACGAAAAAACAUCUACCGCCACCAGCUCCACCAAAAAAAGUUUAUUUUCAAUAUGGCUUCCUCUACCCACCAACGAAAGACACGAACGCGAGCGGUCAAAACAAUCAAGUUGGUCAAAAGAAAUAA